UAAGUUGUUUCAAUAAGCUUACCCAAACAUGCCCUUAAACUAUCACUCGUGAUAGAGUAUGGAGGCGGCUGUGUUCGUUAUGAAUUCACGCGUGAUGGGGUGGCCAUCACGGACCACCCCGCCUGGCCUAAUAUAUGAAAAAAUUAAAAGCUACACCCAAACACAAGACACAAAACACAAGUUCUCUCUUUUUCUAUCCCUCUUUCUACUUCACUGGCUAUACACGCAACCACCACCGUCGUCACAGCCACUGUGGUUGUUCUUAAAUUGGCACAUUUGGAGACCCAUCGUAUUAACUACUUAAUUUAAUCAGACAUUGUUCAAACUCCUCCUCAUCAGAGAUUAUUAGAAUCUUCCAUCUGUAUUCAACAGAUUUUGCUGGUUUAUUUGAAUCUAAGGUCUACAGCACUACUGGUUAAGAACAAAUGAGGUUUGUGUUUCAGGGUUUGAUCAUUAAAAAUAGUUGAGGCAGCACUUGAAAUCUCAUAUAAAGUUGACCACCAUUGGGAAAAGAAGAGAGAUCGAUUUUAGUAUGCUCUUCGUGUUUUAAGUAAGCAUGUUCAACAAUGUGGCUCAAAAUCACCCGUCAUCAACGCACGCCUUUUACAAUAAGACACUUUUCAAGAGUGUCUCCACCACCACCUGCUUGUGGUGAAACUGUUAUUCGAGUUUCCAACAACAUAACUCAUUUGGGCCACCCUAAAGCAGGCCCCAAGCCACGUCAGCUCUUAUCCUUGCCGCCAUUCCCACCUCACCCUCUACCCGGAAAGAAUGUUUCACCUGAUUCCCAUAUCACUGCCAUUAGCUGGAUGAAGUACUACUUUGCCGAUGUAGCCGGUUCUGUGAUCCAAUCGCACUUUAACAAGGGCCUCGUGAAAAUGGAGUCUCAUGAUUCAGAGAAGCAAGGACAGGCGAAAGUUGCGAAAAAGAUUAAACACAACGAGAUCAUGAAGACGGGCUCUAGAAUUUAUGUUCCUGUAUCGGUUGCUGAAUCUAGAAUCUCCAAGAGAUUUGAUACCAUACCAAGUGCAACCCUAUGUCCAAAUGCAGACGAAAUCAAAUAUUUGCAAAGGCUUGUCAUUUAUAAGGACCCUGCUUUACUCGUUCUGAACAAGCCACCAAAGGUGCCAGUCAAGGGGAAUCUGCCUGUUCAUAACAGCAUGGAUGGACUGGCAGCUGCAGCAUUAUGUUAUGAUUAUGACGAGGGCCCUAAACUGGUCCAUCGUCUUGAUAGAGAAAGCAGUGGGAUUACACUAAUGGGCAGAUCAAAAGAGAGCAUAUCUCAUCUCCAUUGGUUGUUUAGUGACAUCAACAGAACAAAAUCUUCAUUUAAGGCAGGGAAUGAUGCAUGUUAUCAACGGUACUGGGCACUCGUCAUAGGUACUCCAAAAGAAAACGAGGGCUUAAUUCGUGCCCCUCUCACAAAGGUUGUGCUCAAUGGCGGUAAAGCUGAGAGGGUGAUGUUGGCUUAUGGCUAUGGUUUAGAAGCUUCUCAAGAGGCUGUUACUGAAUAUCGAGUGCUCGGUCCUACAAUUAGUGGUUGUUCUUGGAUUGAGUUGCGCCCACUUACUAAUCAUAAGCAUCAGAUUCGGGUACACUGUGCUGAAGCUCUUGGUACACCGAUCGUGGGGGACUACAAGUACGGUUGGUUUGUUCACAGCCGAUGGAAGCAAAUGCCAAGGGCUGAUUACGAUCCAGUAACCGGUGAAGCGUACAAGAUGAGAAGGCCAGACGGAUUGGAUGUUCAGAAAGGAAGCGUGGUGUCAAAAGUACCUUUGUUGCAUCUACAUUGUAGGGAGCUUGUAGUUCCUAAUGUUGCCAAACAUCUUAAGGUUAACAAAGCAACAAGUUCCAAGCCAGAUGUUCUUAGAAUUGUGGCACCAAUGCCUACCCACAUGAAGAUUAGUUGGAAUCUAAUGUCUUCUUACUUGGUUUGACUUUGACUUUUGUUUAUAAUUAGUUUUAGAUGAUGCA